UCUCUCUCUCUCCGUGCUGUUGCGACAUUCACUCUCAGGGGUCUUGAAAUGGUCGAUUUGCUAUUCCAUAGCGACAUAUGAUCAUUUUAAAAGCUUGUUUUAUGAAUUCAUCCGACUCAAAAACGAGUUUGUGACUGACAGACAGCGGUAUUCAGACAGAAGACGAGACUGCUGUGCUGUGCGCUGGUCGAAAUAAAUAAAUAACAGCUUUCUCCAUUCUGGCUUCUGGCGGUGGACGGUGCGAGAUGCUGCGGCUGCAUUGAUAGAGUUGGUAGAAGGGAUCAACCAGAAGUGACGAGGCAGCCUCAGCCAGGGCUCAGGCUACGAAUAGGAUAAUAACCGAGCAGUGAUUGCGAUAGACUGAGUGAACGUUGUUGUAUGACAGACAGCAAGAAGAUGCACUAAGGACCGGAAGAGAAAAUGCUUCGUUUGAGAGUCGAAAUAUGAACGCACAUUCCACUUUGGUUUUCUUUUAUUUGCAGUGUUAUAUUUCCGUGGAUCUGAGCGGUUUAAACAACUUUUCGUGGUCCCUUUUUCCAUGAUAACGGCAGAACCGGGCUUGAUUUACCGGGAAUUUCACCAGGAUCAUGUGGACCCCGACGGAAGAGGAGAAAAUCGGAGUUGUGAUCUGCACGUUUCGAGGGAUCGUGACGCAGGGUCUGUCUCUGGAGAUAGGAGAGACAAUUCAGAUACUGGAGAAAUGUGAAGGGUGGUACCGAGGAUUCUCCACCAGGAAGCCCACAAUCAAGGGAAUCUUCCCGACCAGCUACAUUCACUUGAAGAAGGCCAUCGUAACCAACAGAGGGCAGUAUGAGACCGUGGUACCAGUAGAAGACCCCAUAGUGACGGAGGUGACCUCCACUCUGCAGGAAUGGGCCUUGCUAUGGAAGCAGCUUUACGUGAAACACAAGGUGGACUUGUUCUACAAGCUGCGUCACGUGAUGAAUGAGCUGUUUGACCUUCGGAGACAGAUGUUGUCUGGUCACCUGACACAGGACCAGGUCAAAGACGUCAAGAGGCACAUCACCAUCCGCCUGGACUGGGGCAACGAACACCUGGGCCUCGACCUCGUACCCAGGAAGGAGUUUGAAAUGGUGGAUGCAGACCAGAUCAGCGUCUCAGACUUAUACAAAAUGCAUCUGUCCAGCAGACACAGUGUCCAGCAAAGCACAACCCAGGCAGACAGUGUGCGUCGGAGCCACGGUGUAGAGCCCUGUCGUAUCCCCGUCCCUCACCACCUGUUCGUCAGCCUGAAGAGCUUCACCUACAACACCAUGGGAGAAGACACAGACAUCUUCUUCUCUCUCUACGACCUCAGGGAGGGGAAACAGAUCAGUGAGAAAUUUAUGGUGAGACUGAACAAGAAUGAAGGUCCCAAGAACACAGACAAGGUUGAUCGUUUGUGUGCUCUGUUCACGGAUUUAAGUAAUAAGGACAUGAAGCGGGACCUGUAUAUUGUUUCACAAGUCAUCAGAACCGGUCGGAUGCUGCUGAAUGACUCUAAGAAGGGUCCUCCUCACGUCCAGUACAGAAGGCCGUACGGCUGUGCGGUUCUGGCCAUGAGUGAUGUCCUACAGACCAUCUCAGAACUAAAAGAGGAGAAGGACUUUGUUCUCAAAGUCUACACAUGUAACAAUGAGAAUGAGUGGUACCAGAUCCAUGAAAACAUCAUAAGAAAAUCCAGCACCAAGUACACAGCUCCCAGCACCAACUAUGGUCUGAUAAUCUCUCUCCAGCUGCUGAGAGGAGAGAUGGAACAAAUCAGGAGAGAGAAUCCUAUGAUUUUCAAUAGGGGCGUGGCCAUUACACGCAAGCUGGGCUUUCCCGAUGUCAUCAUGCCAGGUGACAUCCGUAACGACCUGUAUCUCACCUUGGAAAGAGGAGACUUUGAAAGGGGAGGAAAGAGCGUCCAGAAGAACAUUGAGGUGUCCGUUUACGUGCUCUACGCAGACGGAGAGAUGCUCAAGGACUGUAUCAGCCUGGGCAGUGGUGAGCCCCACAUUAGUGAACACCGUUCCUUUGUCCUCUACCACAACAACAGCCUCCGCUGGGCCGAGGUGGUUAAACUACCCAUCCCCAUAGACCGCUUCAGAGGGUCACACCUACGCUUCGAGUUCAGACACUGCUCCAGUGAGUACCGGUCUGGUCUAGAGAUCAUCACCAAAGACAAGGCGGAGAAGAAGCUGUUUAGCUUUGCCUUCACACCACUGAUGAGAGAGGACGGGACAACGCUGUCAGAUGAGAGUCACGAGCUCUAUGUCUACAAGCUCCGCGCCCUCAGCUAG